AUCCACGCCUGCUUUUUCACGGACCAAUACACACACACACUACAAGGCUCUCCAGCAGCACCACACGCCGUGUGCUUAUGUUGGAGACUCCACUGCGGUUCCGUUAAAUCUGUUGAACGCGUCUUUUUCUCCGCGCGGUCACAAACGCACACCGGCGCGUCGGAACAUAUUAACGUUAGCAGCCGCUGCCGUUUUGGGUCGGCUUGUGGAUUGAAUCCAUGCCUCCUUUAAAAGCCCCCUUCGGCUUUUUAAGUUCAAGAAAACACCCGGACUCUUCAGAGGAUCGCCUUUGACUCUUUUACCGGAGAUUUAAAUGUUUAUUUUUGGGCACCGGCGGAGGUGCGCGAGAUCUUGCCGGUUGCGGACAAUGUUCGGCGUUUUUUAACGAAACACCUCGUCUUUUGUAACUAGUCUGUUAAAAAAAACUUCACCUCGGAAAACACCGUGGAUAACUUGUACGCGAGGUUGUUUUUUUCUAUUUUCUUUUUUACCUCGGAAAGUGAUGGCGGAGCGGGAGCAACGGCUGCUCGUGUUUUUCACAAGUCUCAUCUUUCUCCGGUUCGGCGGUGCGGAUAAAGGCUCUGCCAUCCGUGGCUUCACCCCGUUCAGAUUCUCUGUUGAACCUGUGGAUGUUCUGGCGGUCCGCGGUCUUCCUGCUGUGUUGAACUGCUCAGCCAUCAGCGACGCUCCAGUACGGGUGGAGUGGAAGAAAGACGGGACGUUCCUGAACCUGGUGGCGGAUGACCGCAGACGGCAGCUAGCAGACGGCUCUCUGCUCAUCAGUACGGUGGUCCACUCCAAACACAAUAAGCCUGAUGAGGGGGUGUACCAGUGCGUGGCCACCAUCGACAAUCUGGGCACCAUCAGCAGCCGCACCGCACGACUCACAGUAGCAGGUAGGAAAAGUCACCAGCAUUACAUAUUCAAUGCUUAAAAAACACCUCUUAAAGCUGUGCAAUGUUGUGGCAUCGUGGAGGAUGUGACAGUGUGAGGACCUCAAAGAUCAUCUGUAAUGGCUGAUCAAAAUAAUGCAUUUGAAAAUAAUCGGCGCAAUAGCCUAGCG